GAGCACGGUGUUUCGCCCUCCGAGGGAGCCUUUGCCGCCGCUAGCUGGAGUUUCUUCAGGCUCCAGGUUUCUCUACUAACCACGAGAAAUCCAAGAAGGAAUAGCGGAGCCCGGGCGCCCAUAACCCAUUCCUUCCUCGUCUUUUAGUCCGAGAUCGCCCCGGCAGGAAUGGGCGAUAAGGUCUGGCUGCCCUUCCCGGUGCUUCUUUUGGCCGCUGUGCCACCAGUGCUGCUGCCAGGGGCAGCCAGUUUCACGCCCUCCUUAGACAGCGACUUCACGUUUACCCUUCCGGCCGGGCAGAAGGAGUGUUUCUACCAGCCCAUGCCCCUGAAGGCCUCGCUGGAGAUCGAGUACCAAGUUUUAGAUGGAGCAGGAUUAGAUAUUGAUUUCCAUCUUGCCUCACCAGAGGGUAAAACUUUAGUUUUCGAACAAAGAAAAUCAGAUGGUGUUCACACGGUAGAGACUGAAGUUGGUGACUACAUGUUCUGCUUUGACAAUACAUUCAGCACCAUUUCUGAGAAAGUGAUUUUCUUUGAAUUAAUCCUGGAUAAUAUGGGAGAACAGGAGCAAGAACAAGAAGAUUGGAAGAAAUAUAUUACUGGCACAGAUAUGUUGGAUAUGAAACUGGAAGAUAUCCUGGAAUCAAUCAACAGCAUCAAGUCCAGACUAAGCAAAAGUGGUCAUAUCCAGACUCUUCUUAGAGCAUUUGAAGCCCGUGAUCGAAAUAUACAAGAAAGUAACUUUGAUAGAGUCAAUUUCUGGUCAAUGGUUAAUUUGGUGGUCAUGGUAGUGGUUUCAGCAAUUCAAGUUUAUAUGCUGAAGAAUCUAUUUGAGGAUAAGAGGAAAAGUAGAACUUAA